AUGGAGUUACCGCUUCCUAAUGCUUCUGCUUCCUCACCUACACAGCCGAUAUCCCCCAGCUCAUUGGAAGAGGUUAUUUCAGAUUUCAAAACAAUAAGUUUUGAUACUGAAUAUCCAACAAGCCAGAUGGAUAAAGUAAUCGGCGAUGCAAGAGAGAGUCCAAAUGAAAAAGCAUCUGAUAUGGUCUUGGAAAUAACUCCGAGUCAGAAGAGUAGCCAGGUGACUGCUAAACCUCCGCCAUUUGAAAUUCCGGAGAAGAAGGAAAUGAACAUAGUCGAUAGGCUUCGAGCCAAACUGAACAUUGGAAAUGAGCUUUACCGUGCCACAUUGGCCGAGUUAUUCUGUACAGGAUUUCUAUUGUUUGCUGGAACAUCCGUAAAUGCUCAAUUUGUUCUUUCGAAAAGAAGAAACAAUGAUUGGAUCGGAGUAUCCGUCGGAUGGGGCCUUGUACUGAUGUUUGCUGUUCUUAUGGGUCAGCGCAUUUCAGGAGCUCAUCUUAACCCAGCUGUUUCGUUCUUCCAGCUUACUCAAGGAAAAAUCAAUGCUAUCCGAUUUAUUCUAUUUGCUAUUGCUCAAAAUGUGGGAGCGUUCUUUGGAGCCAUGCUCACAUACAUUGUAUACUACGAUGCCAUCAACGUUUAUGAUCAUGGACUUCGUAAUGUUACUGGACCAGCUGCUACAGCUCAUAUCUUCGCCACAUAUCCUGCUUCAUACCUCAGCACUUUUGGUGGAAUAAUUGACCAGAUUGUUGGAACCGCCGUUUUGUGUAUGGGAAUUGCCGCCAUCACAGAUAGAAGAAAUCGCAUUCCCCCUUUCCUCCAACCAGCUUUUGUUGGUAGUCUUUUGGCUCUUCUUGGAAUGUUCGUUGCCAUGAAUGCCGGUUAUGCCGUCAAUCCAGCAAGGGAUUUCGCUCCCAGACUCUUCACACUCAUUGUUGGCUAUGGAUGGAAAGUCAUCAGUUAUCGUUCAUACAAGUGGUUCCUCAUCCCAAUCAUUUGCCCAAUGAUUGGAGCUUUAGUGGGAGCAUGGCUAUACGAGUUCUUUAUUGGAUUCCACAUUCCUGAUGAUCCAGAAACUACCUAUAUCCACCGAAUUCUUGAUGACCGUAACCCAGACGGUCAACUUCGCGAAGUUCAUUUAAUUGAAACGAAACCAUACAGUGAAUCAGAAAAGAUAAAAGAAGCAAAUGGAGAGCAGACUACACCAACUCAAUAUAGAAAUAUGUAA